AUGAAUGGCCGCGCGGGUACUUAAAUCAUCAUACGUACACAGAUCGAUGGAUCGAAUGGAGUAGUGAUUGAUCAGAUGGCGGCCAGCAGUUCAACCUCUUCUGAUCAUCAUCACAAUAUUGUUGAUGAACAGUAUUUCUCAGCCUUACACGAUAACGAUGAACUCUUUCCCAUCUCCGACGCCGAAGAACUCCAGCUUCAAGAGGCACUUAUUCACUCUUCUUCUUCUGCUGCCGCUAAUUUAAUACCAUCAUCGUCAGCUUCUUCUAGUACGUUAAACGAAAACGAGGACCAGUCAUCAUUGGUACUAUUGAAGAACAAACAGCCAUUAUUAUUGGUGGAAUCUAAAACUGUAUUCUUAUAUGAGCCCCUAGUUUACUGCGGCAUUUGCAUGGACUCCAAAACCGAGUCAGAGAUGUUUCGGAACACCAACGUUUGCAGUCACGUGUAUUGCACAGACUGCAUCUGCCAACAUGUUGCAGCUAUGAUCAAAGAAAACUCAGCCAUGGUCAAGUGUCCUGACCCGAAUUGCACAGGUGUAAUAGGACCUCAAGUGUGUCAGGGUAUGGUACCGAAACAAGUUCUGGAAAGAUGGGAGGACGUGCUGUGCGAGUCUCUGAUCAUGGGGUCUGACAAGUUCAUUUACUGCCCUUUUAAAGACUGUUCAGCCAUGUUGGUGGACGAUGAUGAUGCAGGGGUCGCGGUCACUUCCUCCGAAUGUCCGUCAUGUAACAGGCUGUUUUGUGCUCAGUGUAGAGUGGCAUGGCAUUGCGGGUUGGAUUGUAGCGAGUAUAAAAACGGAGAGAGAGAGCCAGAGGACCUUAUGUUGAUGGAUCUUGCUAAAACCAAGAAAUGGAUGAGGUGCCCCAGCUGCAAGGUCUUUGUUGAAAGAACUUCUGGAUGUCCACAUAUCUCUUGCAGAACGAUGGAACGACUCAUACCUGUGCUCACUAUUAAGAUUUUCAUUUCCUAUUUUCUAGUACUAGACAUAAUGCAGAGCUAGGAUGAUGUUUCUGCUUUGAAAAUCAUAGUUACUGUCAUAUGUCUUGCCUUUCCAAACUAAGUUUGCUGUCUUAAUUACUCUUUCUCAAUCACUUUUGCCCAUUUUCAAGUUUUGCAUUUUUUUUUUUGCCUUCUGUAUUUGUUGA